AGAACGUGACUCCACUUAAAGCGGGUGUGUCGUAGUAAAGUGCCCACUUGUGCGCUAAUAGCAAAGUAAAUGAUUUUCAGCUGACCGCGUGUGAGCAUAUCGGUAAAUUUACGCAAAUUGUGCAAACGAAAAUUGGUGCAAUGACAAUGUUAAACAAAAUCAAAUAUUUAAAUAUAAAAUAUAAAUAAUUGCUUUUGCCAUCAGCAGUUAAAUAGUGAUAAGAAAGCUCGUGUGUGUGCCAAUUAAAUAACGCAAAAAAUAUUUACAUUGAAAAUCGCUCUUUUAAAAUUUGUUUGACUAACAUAGCUUACAAUUAAUUCUUUUAUUAUGUAAUAUAUACAAACAGUAGCAAAAACUGAUGCACGUUGUUUGCUGUGGUCUUUUUGAUAUCCAUAUUUCACUAGUAUGCUGAUAGUGAUAAGUUUUCAUGGUGUUUCGCUGGAUUGGAUUCAGGUUCGUGCCUAGAUAAUUAUUGCUCGAGAAAAUGCGUCCUUAAAGCAAUUAGACAUAUGUAUGUGUAUAAUCGAUGCAGCAAGCACAAAAAUGCUAGUCGCUAAUAACAAUUGCAAACAACAACAAAGAGAUAAUAUACUGUAUUACAGCGCUUAAGCCACUUAUGUUUAUACAUAUAUGUAUACAUAUGUAUUUGUGUGUGUGUAUGUAUGCCAGCUAGUUGAGCCACGCACCUUUCUCCAAUAAUGAGCUCUCUUAUGUCCAUACAAUGCGUUUAUUUAGACUCAAAAAUCUCUAAAAGUAUGCUAAUAUAGAAACGUCAUUAGUCACUCGGCUUUGACGUAUGUCUUUCUAAAGAAAAGGCAAAGAUUCGUUUUCGUCACAGCCACCGCGGUUUUCGUAAAAUGUGAUUCAGCUUACAUUUCAGGAAUUCCGAAACACCACUUCAUUGAGUUUGCCACGCUUGGCUGGGGGAGCCCCUCUCAAUGUUAUUCUACAGUUGCGCUUUACACUGCCGAAGCUCCCACACAUGCAUUGAAUCGUUAACGUCGCGAGAUGACCAACCGAUCUACCACUUUGCAUUGAUCUUUCAGCCGGUUUUCUAACUAUUCGCGUUUCAGUCGCUCACUGUGAUUGUCGUGUGUUGUUCAUAACCAAUAUUUCAGGCUUGUUGUAUUUUUUGAGUUCGCGUGAGUGCAUCGAGUUUCGUUGACUGCGCGUUAUUAACAAAUGAAUUAAGCUAAUUAAAUUGUACAUAAAAAUUAUAAUUUUGUAAUUAAAAAUAAUUUGUAUUGUUUUUCACGAACAGUGUAGUUGUGUGCGCCGAUCGAUUCAGUGUUCGAACGAAUUGAGGAAGUGAUCGCUUUGAAAGCAACGAAAACUAGAAACAACAAAAUUAUCCAAAUACAAAAGUGAUCUGCAUUAGUUGGUUAUUAAAAAGUGCAGCGUAAAAAAAAAAACUGAAACUAAACCAUAAACAGCAAAAACAAAUACAAAUAGCAAAGAUGCCAACGUACGACAAACAGAAUCAUAAAAAUCUUUUGAAACUAAUCACAGUUUUAACUGUUCUAGUGCAAGGAACGCUCGGUCAAUCGUUUUUGCUCACUUUGGGACAAAAUCAGCGAAACUUCUUUUCGGAAGGCAAUUCACAUGAAACGUUUUUGAAUCAACCACUUACCGAACGUCUAAAUUAUACGGAUACAGUGCCGAACAUACAUUUGGAGACGCGUGGAGAGUUUGAUGAUAACAACACCACGAUAAUUGUUAUAAAAAGUAUACACGAACAAUCCAACGAAUUGUCACAGACUGCAAUGGACAUCAUAACCAUAGUUUGGUAUGUGGCCACAUUUCUGGCGCUAGCGGCAUUCUUCCUGCUCAUGGCCUGCUCGGACAGACGCUGCACGGAGACCCGAGGCAGCGUGCUGCGCAACGAAACGCCAAUUGCACCGCCCACACCCUCGCCCUCGUACAGCGAAUUCGCACCGCCCAGUUACGAUUCAGUGAUCAAAAUGCAGCACGACGCCAAAACCAGCGUCUUCGUUAUACCUUUCGCGCCCAUGGAUCCAUCAGCGAAUAAAGAUGUGAGCAAUAACAGUAAUGGUGGCGGUGUGCAUACACCGCAGACACCAACCACGCCAGCAAUCAAUUUCUACACAGUGAAUGAGUUGGAGAAAUUCAGUUGCUAGUUGGGCAGCUGGGCUAACGGUCGCCAAUAUGUGCGCAUGUGUUUAUGCAUUUAAUCGAUUUAAAUGUGACAGUAUGUGUCAGCAUGAAUCACACCCGGCGCGCUUAACGUAAAGCGUAUUCUAAUACGUCAAAGUCGAUUUGCGCAAUUGGUAGCCCUAACUGGUAACUACCAUAUUUACCUGUAUAAUUGUGUAUGUAUAUAGAGAACACAUUUAUAUAUAUGUAUGUAUAUAUUUACAACGUAAAACGAAUCAAAUUUUCUCAAAAGAACUGUGAUAUUAAUUAAAGUUGCUUCUAAUUGCAUUUGUUGAAUACAUAUUUAAGCAAGCUCUGUUAUUAUUAUGCAUUGCAAGUGAGUGAGAAUAACAAAAAUAACAUUCGCCAUUAGUAUAUACUCGUAUAAUUGCAGUGCGUUUGUAAAUGAAAACAAAGAAACUAUAUGUAAAUAUUUCUAUGUAAAUAAUAUGCGUACGUACAUAUAUAUCAUUUCUAUUUAUGUAGCCUCAAUUACGUUACGUAAUACUAUUAUGAUAACGUUAUGUGCAUACAUAAAACGACAUAGCUUUACCUUGAUUUGUAAGUAUGUAAGCGAAAGACUGAAUUAUUUGCGAAGAUAUGCAAAAACCAUAUUUUCCACUGUAAUUAGUCGGUGCUUUAAGUUUUCCUGUUAUUAUACCAUAUAUAUGUACAUAUAGUAUAUAUUAU